AUGUUCGUCAUCUCAUCCUUCUCCUCACACGCGCAGACCCUGCAAGACCAAGCCCGUAGCGUUCUAUCAGAACAGACAGAGCGCCAGACUGUAAUGCCUACCUCCCUGUUGCGCAACUGUGCUUCGUUCGACUUCUACGGCCCCAACCAGUGUGAAAUACAGAUCUAA